CUGAAACAUUAUGAUCAAUGAGAUCAAUCAACUUAGUAAACAUGGGCAUUGACUUUUAAGCAAGGCAACAUGAUGGGAAAGCAUAUACCUAGGGGUACAAAGUGAUGGGUCAUGAUGACUGUCAUGGAUGGGAAAACAUUAAUCCUCAAUACAACCUAAUAGAUAUAAUUAUAUUGAUAAUUGGGCACACAUGGACACUAAAAAUACGUAAAAAUAUGAGAAUUUUUACAAUUUUGCCAUUUUAGUUAUUGGCAUAGGAUCUACUGACAGGCAGACAGAAAGUCAUAAUCUACAUAUAAUGUCAUUGAUCAGUGCAGCAAUAUUAAUAAAUGAAAUAAAAAUGUUAUGCACUUUUCAGGAUUCAUAACGUUAAAGGUCAAAAGGAAAAUAAUUUUUCAAUGUUUAGAUAUCUGAGACUACAAUUAUAAAGUACAUGUACUGAAUGGGAUAAUGAAGGGUAUAAUUAUCAUAUGUUUCUUAACACUGGCUACAUCAUUAGCUAAAGCAAGAAAGUGUGACAAUCAUGGAGACUGCAGAUCUGAGUGGUACUGUGAAGAUGAAAAGAGUGGAAAUGGAAGAUGUGUAAAGACGAUUAAACCACCAGGGGCUUGUAAUAGAAGUGCACAAUGUAUUGGAGGAUCCCAAUGUGAAAAUGGUACAUGCAGUGAAAGAUGCAGGGCUGAUCCUGACUGUAUAAUAUACAGAGAAGGCAGGCAGAAAUACUGCACAACGGGGGGCCUGGUGGCUCUUGUGAAAGGUUACUGCAUGCCAAAAAAGGAGAAAAGAGAAUCAUGUUCCCGUUCUCAUGAAUGUAGAAAGAAUCUAUUUUGCUCAAAUUCUAUCUGUAAAGCGGCUGAAGAAGCUGUUGCAUGCCGUAUUGAGUGUGUAGGUCCUAAGCCAGGAGAUCCUAGGAUCAAGCCAGGGAAUAUGAUCAAUGUUACAUACUCAUGUACAUUUGUUAGGAGAGGGGAGUUUGGACCUUUACCAAUGAGAGCAGUAUUAACACUAAACAGGAAGUUAUUUGUCGGGUCUGUGAAUGGCACUUCACCAUUAACGUUCAACGGGAGUGUUUCACAGAUAGCGCGAAAAGGAGAGUUCACAGCAGAAAUAAUUGGUCGAAUGAAACGCUGUAGGGGAGAUAAAAAUCAUUGCCGAUCAGCCAAAAUGUGCAUACAUAACAUAGGCCAAUAGAAAAGAAGAAAGAAGUAGCAGAUAGUUAUAUACAAUGUCUCACCAAUAGAUAGCACAUCCCAUAAAUAUCCAGAUAAAAGAAUCAGUGAAGAUAGAACUACAUAUAAUGUUGAACAGCCUGUUUAUUGUUUGUAGUAUUUUGCUUUAUGCAGAAGUUAAUUUAUGAAAAUAAAUAUAUGAUUAAUUUGAAGCAC